AUUGUUAGAACCGCUACCUGCCCUGCCUUCUCUCUACUCCUAGAGUCCUACUCCAAGCACAACAUACAAGGAUCUUACUAAAGAAACUAGUUUGCGACGAGGUUAAUAAAAUGGAGGAAGAGGAUACACAUAAUGUCGAGACUGAAUUAGAAGAUGACCCUCAUUAUAAUCCUCCUCCAGAGAAAUCCAUCGACGAUAUUUUGGCCGCCGAUAAAGAGGAUGCUUCUUUACAACAAUAUAAAGCAACAUUAUUAGGUUCGGCUGCGGCUGGCACCGGAGCUGUAGUAGUGGACGAGAAUGACCCGAGGAAGGUGAUUGUGAAGGCCCUCGCCCUGGUCGUCGAGGGCCGGGAGGACGUCACUAUGGACCUCACCGAGGACCUCUCUGUGAUCAAGACCAAGAAGUUUGUGAUCAAGGAGGGGAUCAAGUUCAGGAUCAGGAUUGAUUUUAUUGUUCAGAGAGAGAUUGUUCAUGGUCUCAAAUAUGUUCAGAAAACGUACAGAGCUGGCAUAAAUGUGGAUAAGAUGACCCAUAUGGUUGGUUCCUAUGCUCCUAAACUAGACCUGUACUCUACCCUCACACCUAUGGAGGAUGCUCCAUCAGGAAUGAUGAAACGCGGAACCUACUCCGUCGGAUCUGUUUUCACCGACGACGACAAGACCGAGCACUUGAAAUGGGAGUGGUCAAUAGAGAUUAAAAAGGACUGGGACUGAAUAUAUUUAGGUCCCAAAAACUAUCUGUAUCCGCUGACCCAUCUCAAUAUAGGAAUUGCUAUCCUUAUUUAUACAUUCUACAGUUUUCCAACCCUAUCCUCUCGAUUAUUAUGAUCAUGUAAACGCUUUCUUGGGAUUGAUUCUUCGCUGUGAUUUUAUGCUAAAAAUAAUAAUUUUGAUAUUUUGA